CAUUAAAUAGUGGGAAAGAAGAUGAGAAGGUGAAAAAUGGUGUAAUAAAAAGGUGUGAAGCGAGCAGAUCAGAACCGUGGUUCGACAUUGUUUUGUUCAGUGUCCGUUCAUCAAAAAUGGCUCUCGAGGUUGCUGUCAAGGCCGCUGUUGGUGCUCCGAACAUUCUCGGAGACUGUCCAUUUUCCCAAAGGGUUCUCUUAACUCUAGAGGAGAAGAAAGUCUCUUACAAACUCCACCUCAUCGAUCUUAGUAAUAAACCCGAAUGGUUUUUGGGUGUUAACCCUGAAGGGAAGGUGCCAGUGGUUCAGUUUGAUGGCAAAUGGGUGGCUGAUUCUGAUGUAAUUGUGGGGAUACUUGAGGAGAAGUACCCACAACCUUCUCUCCUCACUCCUCCUGAAUUUGCCUCUGUGGGAUCAAAGAUAUUUGGGUCUUUUGUGUCUUUUCUGAAGAGCAAGGAUUCAAAUGAUGGAACAGAGCAAGCUUUGGUUUCUGAAUUGAGUGCUUUGGAUGACCAUCUUAAGGCCCACGGUCCUUAUGUUGCUGGGGAGAAAGUCACUGCUGUUGAUCUGAGUUUGGCACCAAAACUGUACCAUCUAGUGAUAACACUUGGCCACUUCAAGAGUUGGAGUGUUCCUGAAAGUUUGGCACAUGUCCACAACUACACCAAGCUGCUCUUCUCCCGGGAAUCAUUUGAGAAAACCAAGGCUGCAAAGGAAUAUGUUAUUGCUGGAUGGGCCCCUAAGGUGAAUGCUUGAAGUAGUUCUAACUUAUGAGGUAUCUGAAUAUCAGAUAUGUACUGUGGUUGAACCUUGUUAACUAUAGGAUGGAGAACUCGUCAUGUUUAAGAGGGUUGUUCCCCUAAUUAAUAAUAAACAUGCAGUGUGUUCGUGUGUUUA